AUUCAGCUGACCCAAGAGCUGGAGACGGAGAGGCAGCGCAGAGAAGCCUCCGCCGCCUCCGGAGCGACCCAGAGCCCGUAAACUACACCAGCCCCGUUCCAGGUGGUGUGGGGGCGACCCCACUGUCAGAAGAACCUUGGACGGUUUCUCGGUAACCGUCACCCACAGUUACUGCUUGCCCUCCUCCGCCCUCCCCAAGGCCAUGGAGGUGGCGGGAGGAGGCAGCAGCAGCCAGCGGGGGGGUGACGGAGCAGCAGGAGGAGGAGGAGGAGGUGCAGAGGAGGAGGAGGAGACGGGGCCGGGCUGCGUGUCGGCCUCCGAGGGCCUGGAGGAAGGGGAGGUGGAGGGGGAGACGCUGCUGAUCGUGGAGGCGGAGGAGGAGCAGGAGCACGACCAGGCCUCGCUCGACCUGUCGCACGACCAGAGCGGCGACUCGCUCAACAGCGAGGACGCCGCGGAGGACGCGGAGACCAGCGGGGGAGGAAGCAGCUGGAGCGAGGACACGACCGCCUUCCACUGCGACAAGUGCCACAAGUGGAUACCAUCCGGGCAGUUGCGUGGGGAGCAGCCCAGCUACCUGAAGGGGGACAACUUCUUCAAGUUCACCUGCUCCGACUGCGCCGAGGACGGCAAGGAGAGCUUCGAGAGGAUGAGGCUUACCUGGCAGCAGGUGGUGAUGUUGGCCAUGUAUAACCUGUCCCUGGAAGGUACGGGUCGUCAGGGCUACUUCAGGUGGAAGGAGGACAUCUGUGCUUUCAUUGGACGUCACUGGAACUUCCUGCUCGGCUCCAGGAAGAAGACCUCUACCUGGUGGAGUACAGUGGCCGGCUGCCUGUCCGUGGGCAGUCCCACGUUCUUCCGUUCCGGCGCGCAGGAGUUUGGAGAACCGGGUUGGUGGAAGCUGGUGCAGAACCGGCCUCCGACGCUACGCCCCGACGGGGACAAGACCUCCGUGGCCGCCCUCAAAGCCAAAGCCCCCAGUAAGCCUGCGCUGGACCCCACCAUCACGGUGGAGGGGCUGCGUAAGCGCGGUGGCCGUAACCCCGUGGAGAGCGCCAUGCAGCUCAAGGAGAAGCGCUCACGGACGCAGGAGGCCAAGGACAUCCGCCGCGCUCAGAAAGAGGCGGCCUCGGGCAGCUCCUCCGCUGGUUAUGGCGAGCGCAGCGGCCUGAUGGUGGUCUCCGGGGGAUACGGCAGCGGCGGCAGCAGCAGCACCUCGUCCACGCCCGUCAAGAUGUCAUCGUCGUCGUCGUCGGGGGCGGCGGCGGCGGCAGGAGGCCGGGGCGGUCGCCGUGGCGGCGGGUGCGGCGGAGUGGGCGAGCUGGUGCUGGAGAAGGGCGAGGUGAUCGACUUCUCGUCCAUGAGCUCGUCGGACCGCACGCCGCUGACCAGCCCCUCGCCGUCGCCCUCGCCGGACCUCUCCGCCCCCGGCACGCCCGCAUCCCACUCGGCCACGCCCUCCCUGCUGUCCGAGGCCGACCUCAUCCCCGACGCCAUGCCCCCGCAGGCGCUCUUCCACGAUGACGAGGAGCUGGACGGCGAGGGCAUGAUUGACCCAGGCAUGGAGUCCAUCCCGCCUCCCUCCGCCUCGUCCUCUGGCGCCGCCCUGGUGGUGCGCAAGAAGCUGCGCCCGGCGGAGCUCAUCAAGCAGGAGGCCGAGAGCGAUGAGGAGGACGACGACGAAGACGGUCACCAUCACCACCUUCAUCAUCAUCAUCAUCACCAUCACCAUCACCUCCUUCAGCAGCAGCAGCAUCGCGCACGUCUCCGCGGUAACUACCACCAUCGCGGCGGCAUGGACCACCACCAGCACCAUCUCCACGACGACCACCCUAGCAGGGCCGACAGGAAGAAAGGCCUCGGCGCGAUGACCAAAGGCGACCCGGACGGCAGCGGUGCAGGCGGCAUGACCGGUCCCGACGUCGCCGGAACGCCGCUGUCGUCCUCCUCCUCGUCCGGCCUGUUGCCCGUUGCCCGCGGCGACGGUGGAGGUGGCGGUGGCGACACGUCGUCGUCCUCGGCGUCCCGAGCUGCCGCGCCUCGGCUUGCCUUCCUGGGCCUGUACGAGGAGCGCGCGUUGCUACGGCGACUGGAGGCGUGUCCGCAGGCGCUGGCGGUGACCGCGGAGGCACGACGGCUGCGGAGGAAGCUCCUCGUCCGGCAGGCGCAGCGCGAGAGAGGGCGCCCCCUGCUGGACUUAGACCAGGCGGUCAGCGCCGCGCUCAGCCUCGUGGGAGGCGUCUACGGGGGCGUGGCCACCAGCGGAGGGGGAGGCGGAGUAGGAGGGCCGGAGCGGGCAGGAGCGAUGACGAUGACGAAGUACCGGACCAACAGCCAGGACACACGCAUCCUCGACCGAUUCCAGACGGCGGCGUCAGGCAGGAAGGGGUUCCAGCAGCACUCGGUCUCUUUUUGGCACAGACUCAUGGGCUCUGACAUCAGCGCCCUCGAACAGGGCAUCAAGAGCCCCUACACGUCCCGCGUGCUCAAACCGUUCAUCAGGCGGGACUAUGAGACUCGUCCGCUGAAGAUGCGUCUGCUGGCCGAGAUUAGGGCACGCGGCCAUCGCCACGACGACGGCUGGAACCCCGGCCCGGACGCCCCGAUCGACUACUGCUACGUGCGGCCCAACCACAUCCCCUCCGUCAACGCCAUGUGCCACGACAUGUUCUGGCCAGGAGUGGACCUGUCUGAGUGCCUGCAGUACCCUGACUUCAGUGUGGUGGUGCUCUAUAAGAAAGUGGUGAUCGGGUUCGGCUUCAUGGUGCCGGACGUCAAGUACAACGAGGCGUACAUCUCCUUCCUGCUUGUGCACCCUGAGUGGAGACGUGCUGGCAUCGCUACCUUCAUGAUCUAUCACCUUAUACAGACGUGCAUGGGUAAGGACGUGACGCUGCAUGUGUCGGCCAGUAACCCGGCCAUGCUGCUGUACCAGAAGUUGGGCUUUAAGACGGAGGAGUACAUCCUGGACUUCUACGACAAGUACUACCCUGUGGACAGCAAGGAGUGCCGGCACGCCUUCUUCCUCCGACUGCGACGCUGAGACACACACACACACACACAUAUAUAUCGGAGACGUGCACACACACACAUACCAGAGACACACACACACACAUAUACCAGACACACACACAUACCAGACACACACACACACACACACACACAGGCAGAGGAUAGAGGGAUGCAGGGACAUCACAGACCAACUGACCUCAAGCAACACCAACUACAGCCCUCAGACUCUGUGUGAACGUGUAAACACACACACACACACACACACACACACACACACACAACAUCAUAGACACUGAGACACACAAACACACUUUCCGCUUGUCUUUGCGGCUGUUUUGCGGUCCUGUCAGUCGGUGGGCGGGUGCUUGCCUUAGUGGAGUGGCACCAGCCGUUCGUAGCGGUGAAGACGGUCCUGUCAGGCUGCUCCAGUCUGAUUGGUGCUCACUCCCAUCAGUCACAACCAGUGACGGCCGCCUGACGAGAUACUUGCCGUAAGAUGAAGGAUCAAAAGAGAGCGUGGUCCGCUUGCUCCAGCUAUGUUUAUUUUAUUCGAUGAUAAAAUGUGUUCCAUCCCUGAACACGCGCAGGAGGCUGAACGUGACAUAGUGGAAACUCUGUGAACCGUGUAGAACCGAUAUGUAUGGAUUCUUGACUGGCCAUUUAUCUAUGUUUGCCCGUGGUUGUACUGUGUGUGCGUGUGUGCGUGUGCAUGUGUGUGUUUGGUAGCUGUUUCACCAUGAAGUCGUUGGUUCUCACCGUGUCUUGGCCCAGGAAGGAUGAACAGCAGCAGUGUCUAAGGGAAAGCGUAAUGUUUCUGUUUGUGAAAACAGAAGAGUAGUUUCGAGAGUAAUUAGAAUGAGUGACUUACUUGGGGGGUUUGUGUGUGUGUAUGAAUGUUGAUGUGUAGAAAUGUCUUGGAUUUUGUAUUUAAAAAAAAAAAAAAAAGGCUGGCGUUUCAGUUUUGAAGAAAACCUACAAAGUAUUUUUGUUAUGCUUGUUUUUGCCCUUUUUAUAAAUGAUCCAACACUUCAGUUUCUGUAUUAAAACACCCCAAGUCAACUCGCACCA